ACAGCCAGCUACUGCUCGAAUACUUAGAGGGGCGCAUUCCGUUUGAGGAGUGGUCUACAAGGUCUGGGAUUGAACUCGAGGCUUCGGAAAAAGCUUCAGCUGUUGAAGACGAUGGACCAUCGACUGCAGAACAUUCUGGUGCUUUUCUUUCUCUUCUUGCUGACAACACAGUUGACAGUAAUGUAACGGGAGAGGAGGAGACAAGUGCAGAUCAGACAAUGAGGGUAGCUAUGUCUGCAGUGGAAGGGAGGUCUGGCAUUUCACAUGGGAAAAAGAGAAAAAGGCGAGUUGGUGGUGAAAAGAGUAGUGGAAGGAAGGAAAAGAGAGGAGCUAAGAACAAAGAAAAAUUUCAAGCUACAGAAGAUGAAAUUAGUGCUGAUCUGUUAAUGAAGGAAAUUUCUCGUGACGAAGCUCGACGUCGAAAAGAGCUGUUCAACUUCAACAUCAAACCUCAGGAAACUUAUUUACACAGUAGGAACAAACUACCACAACACCUGAAGAGUCUAAUGGGUGAAGCCAACAUGAGCUUUGCAAGAGGACAGCUGGAUGAGACAAUUAGACUUUGCACCGAAAUCAUCAGACAAACUCCUUCAGCUGCUGAGCCGUUUCAGACUCUUGCUAUGGUGUAUGAGGAUAGAAAGGAUUGGGACAAGUGUUUUGAGAUUUCAUUGAUCGCAGCUCACUUGAAACGAACUGAUGUAGAGCAGUGGGUGAAGCUGGCCGAAGUGUCAGUCGAACGAGGAGAUCUGAAACGAGCUGCCAGCUGUUUCACUCAAGCAAUCAAGCACACUAAGGGAGAUGAUGUGGAACUAUUAUGGCAACGAGCUGGUCUUUAUCAACAGCUUGGUCAACGCAAAAAGGCAAUGGAUGACUACGAACUUCUUACAAAGGUCUUACCAGUUGAAGAAGGCGAAAAGUUGUUUCAAGUAGCCAUCAAGAUGGCAACCAUUCACAGUGAGAUGAACAACACAACUAAAGCAAUAGAAGUUCUCCAAAACGCUUUUGUUACACAUCCACACUGCAUUGACCCUCAAGCCAUUAAUCUCCUCGCUGAACUGGCAAUCGCUGAUGAGAAAUAUGAAUUAGCACGAGAUGUGAUUUGCUCAAAUUGUGGCAUUAGCUGCUGUUCUGUCAACACUGAGAAUCAACUAACACAAAAUGGGAAAUCUAGUGAUCAAUCGAACGUUGAAGAUCAGACAUCUGCUGCAGAGGAGCAUUCUUAUGCCUGUCAAGAUGUGGACAGUCGUGUCUUGACAGAGUUGACUCCAGUGGCAGUAUCUGCUGAUGCUGAUGUCACAAAGAACACUGAAUUAGGUGUAAUGGAGCAGCUGAUGAUGAAUGUACCUCAGCUUGUGUCAUCGGAGGUUUGUCGGACGGAUGGAGCUAAUUUGGUGUAUCAAGUACCUGAGUAUCUUCCUAUUGAUCUGAGAGCUAAACUGGUGGUCUGUCUCAUUUACGAAGGACGGCAAAUAGCUGCUGAAAGUGCCGCUCUACCUCUAGAAAGUGACAAUCCUAAUGAAAUAGGAGACAUCUAUUUAGACAUCAUUGAUGCUUGUACAAAGAAAGGUUAUUUUGAGUGGGCAUUAAAAUGGCUGACAAGCCUUGUUCAAACAGAGUCAUUCAAUCAGGCUGGUGUGUGGCUGCAGCAUGCUCAAUGUUUAAUGUCUAUGGAGCAAUUUGAAGAGGCAGCUAAGUCAUAUGAACACGUGGUAGCUCUUGCCCCACAUCAUCUUGAAGCUCGUCUUGCCCUUUCGUCAUUAUAUCAGCAACUCAAUCGACCAGACGACGCUCUGCAAGCUCUCACACAGAUAGACGAUGCUCAGGAUGGUGAAGAUGGAAAUGAAGCAGAUAACAGCAUGUUAUCUACCAUGUGCAGCGAAUCAGUGUCUUCAGAGUAUCUCCCCGAACCUUUCUCUGUAUUGGCUCAUACAAAGGAUUACAAGUUGCUGCAGCACAAAUCAGUGCUGUUGUAUGAGCAAGAGCGACAUGAAGAAUUUGUGGAGUGUGGGCUGGAAAUGCUCAGUUACUGUUUUCGUAACGUUUACUACUCAAAGAGUUUGCCAGAAAUCUGUCUCUACUCUGAUAGAAAGGCAAGGUCAGAGACACGGCGGAAACUGAUGGUGAAAGAUGGCAAGGGUGAAGGAGACGGAGAAUCCAGCUGGAAAGGCAAGGAUAAGGACAGUAGUGGUUUGAGUGAAGAAGAGUGGUGGGACAUAUUUCUCAAGGUUUCAACCACUCUUCUUCAUCUUCGUCGAUUUCCUGAGUUGAGGCAUCUAGCCAUGGCUUGUGCUGCAUCGUUUCGGUUUAGUUCAAGUGGAGGAGGAUUUUCUGAUAAUGUGCGACUUGCUUGUGGUUUGUCGUGUCUUGCGUGUGGUGAGUAUCAAUUUGCAUUUGAAUAUUUGAGAUCAUUGUGCCAAAAGAAGCCAGCAAGUGUGACUCUGUGGAAUAUUAUGGGUCAACUUUUCGUUCGUAUGCUGGACAAGCGAACUCACAAGUUUGUUCUGCGGUUGCUCUUGAAAAAUCCAGACACAGAACCUCUCCUCUUUAUAUGCGGUCACAAUUCACUAAAUGCAAGCAGUUACAGACUCGCAUUAGCCACGUAUCAUCGUCUUCUCAAGAUCCGGCCAAAUUGUCCGCUUGUCUUACUGUGUAUUGCUGUCUCGUGGCUCUCACUCUCUAUUCGUCGAGCGUGUCCUAAUCGUCAUCAGUGUAUCGUUCAGGCGUUUGCCUUUCUACGGAGAUACUUGGAUGAGAGGCAGUUGUGUCAAGAAUCGUACUAUAAUAUCGCAAGAGCAUUUCAUCUACUAGAUUUAAAAUAUAUUGCUGUUCAUUAUUACAACAAAGUGCUGUCACUAUGUUCAACGGCUAGUGGAGGUCCACCAGGGCCAGACUCGCUACAUUGUGAGGCUGCAUUCAACCUUUCCCUCAUAUAUCAACAGAGUGGACAAAAUGACCUUGCAAGAAGUCUCCUGUACCGGUACUGCACAUUUUGAAGAGUUAAUUAAUUAAUUAUUUAUUUAUUUAUUUAUAAUACGUUCACGUGGGAAAUUUGUUCUGUUAGGAUGAUUUGAUAUGGUUAGUGAUGCUAAUUAAAUUAGAAGACGUACAAUGAGUCAAUAAUAGUGGAAGUCAGACAU